UUGUUUGUUUGUAUACUAGUGUGGUGCUAUUUCUUGGUUAGUCCUCAUUACAUAAAAAGUGGCUUUCUUAUUUUUGUAAAUUGGGGGCAAAUUAGUCUUUUCACAUUCAAUCCCAUGAGAUUGGAUUAGCAAUCCCAACCCUGCCAUGGGAAUGCUAAUUUCGCCCUUGAGGGGGAUUGUAGUCCCAUGGUAUUUUAUCACAACCAGACAUGAUUUUGGUGGGGCCCCUAGAUUGUUAAUCAGUCCCACCCUCUAAGAGGCCAAACAAAUGUUUCCUAAAAGGCUAGUCCCUUAAUCUGUCAAUUAAGUCUCUCUUUUAGAUUUGAUAAGCUUUCAUACAGAAACUAACUUUAGCUGCUACAUGGAGUUGCAUAUAUGUCAUUAAAUUCCUGCAGUGCACGCAUAAAAAGGAAGAAAAAAGUGGAACAGAGUCCAAGCCUAGUAGAUUAAAGAGUUUCAAGAAAUUGGCUAUAGCAUUUCUAAUAGACAGUUAUCAUACGUAAUGAUUGGUGCUCUUCUAUUGUUAAUUUGUAAGUACUAUUUAUUCCAUUUAUAAAAAAGACAUUCUCUUGAAGCUAACAUGAUCCAACAAUGGGUUCUACAAGUGCCAACCCUUUUCUUAAUAAAUUGCAUUCCUGGUUCUAUUCUCAUUAUUGUUUCAUCACAAGUCAUGCACUAGAUAUAGGUUUUUGUUCACUGCAGAAACUUUGUUGAUAAAACAUUUUUCAUCGUGUAGGUCAAGACAUUCAAACCUUAAUUAGUUGUUGUUAGGAAUGAAUCAUUGGUUGAUGAGCUCAAAGAGGCUUUGGCAGAUGUUGAAGACAAGCUUGAAUUUAUUGCUAGCGAGCAAGGUGCCAUUGAGUUAUAACCCUGUAGCUGAGUAUCUAUCUUUUAUUGACAAUGGAAACUUCUCUGUGGAUGGUGUGCUUUCUAACUUCCCAAUAACUCCAUCAGCGGCCAUAGCUUGUUUCUCUCACAGAGGCAGAAAUGUGUCAGGACAAGAAACAUGAAAUUCAAGCACAACAAGAGGAAAUUCAAGCACAAAGCAAUGUGAUAG